AUCUGCGUCGCCGCCGCCGGGGGAGAAGGUCAAGAGGUCUGUGAUGAGGGCGGCGUCCUCGUCGCUGGUAGGCCUGCGGCUUUCCCGGAUGCCGCGGAUGAAGCCCUGGAGAGGCCCGCUUCCGCGUCGUCGAGUCACGCCGGCGCCUGUUUUUGGGGACUUCCUCGCUGCAGCUUCUGCACGCCGGCCGGCGGCGAUCGCGCCUUUGGAUCCUUCGUCGGGGUCUGCUACCUCCGUGGUGCUUGGGGCGUCUCCGACGCCGAGUCGCGUGGUGGUGGAGGCGACGCCGACAGCUUCGUCUUCGGUGCCGGCCGAGGUACCGGCGGUGCGGCCGUUGAUCGCGGCAGGUCUCGAGCCGCGUUUCAAACCAGCGGACGCGACACUGGAGGACUCCUCUAGUGGGCCGCAAGGUAGAUGGGCCUGGUUCGGUCGGGCCGUGAUGGCUGUGCAGAAGGCGCCUCGUUGCGUCCCUCACGACAACAGCAUACGAUCACGGGUGAUCGACCAGUUCUCGUAUCGUUCCAGAGACAUCUUCGCCGCCACCACUCGACCUCAAGCCGCCACCGUCGAACCAUCGUCGUCACCCGCAUCUACGCCAUCCCAGAGUGCAGGGCUGCGGCGAUCCUUCGCGCAAGUCGUCGUUGGGGUCUCCUCGUCCGUGGAGAUGGCCGGGGUUGCGCGGCCUCCUGCGUCUCCCGGGGUGAUCGCGGCGGGUCUUGAGCCGCGAUUCAAACCAGCGGACGCGACACUGGAGGCCUCCUCUGGAGGGCCGCAAGGUAGAUGGGCCUGGUUCGGUCGGGCCGUGAUGUCUGUGCAGAAGGCGCCUCGCUGCGUUCCUCACGACAACAGCAUACGAUCACGGGCGGUCGACCGGUUCUCGUAUCGUUCCAGGGACAUCUUCGCCGCCGCCGCUCGCCCUCAAGCCGCCACCGUCGCCAACUCGUCUUCGGCACGGCUGGAAGGGCUGCCGGGGCUUCGUCGCCGACUACGCUGCCCCUGCAGCUGCCUGCGGAGCCUCCACGUGGGCAGGCACUGGCCGUGGAGGAGCCGGCUGCGCAGCCUGAACAGACUGCGUCGCCCCCGCCUGACCGGUUGGCCAUACAGCAGCCGACAGUGGUGACCCCAGCGUCGCUGCAGCUGACCACGGGCCUGCUGGCAAUGGGGCCGAUGCACCGGCCAGCUAUGCAGCAGCUGGCCAUGUCGCCACCUUCGUCGCAGCAGCCGACUUCGGAGGUCGAUUCGCAGCUGCACGGUGCAGUGGGAGAGCUGUACGCGUCUCCUCAUGCUCAGCGGCGCCGGAGUGUCAUGGUGCUGGAGGAGGUGCUGCCGACUUCGGAGGUCGCUUCGCGUGAUGGGACGGAGGGUGCUUCUUCUUCGACACCUUUCUCCCCCGCGAUGGGGGACUCGCCUGGGGCUGCUGUGAUACAGGGGGCUACAUCACCUUCUACCCCUGUAUCGAUGACCUCUUCUCCUUCACCGGCUAGGUCUCCACCGCCCUCGACUUCUCCAUCGCCGGUCUCCACCCUGCAGCAGCCGCCACCCACGGUCCCUCCUCCCGUUGUUCAGCCGACGGUGAGGCGGAGUGGGAGGUACGCUCUUGCGGCGGAUGGGGCGAGGGCGACGGAUGAGGACGUCAUGCAGAGAGCCAUGUGGCGUAAGGCUGAGAAGAACCUCCACACGGCAGGUCAUCUACAGAUGUACAAGUAUUCUCCGUUCAUGGUUACCUCUUCAGAGAGUGGAGAACCGAGACCUAUUUACGAAGGUCUGUACACGGUUGGAGGCUACGGCGAGGGAUACUUUUUCCCUGCAUGGGUGGCAGCAUAAUCUACGGAUAGAUGCCCCACCUACACCUUAGGCGUUAUAUGAUUUAUCGUUCUGAUAUGUAUCUCGCCUAGUUUUUACUAUUUAUCCUUUUGGACUUGAGACAACAAAACGGCUGUGUGCAUCCUGGUUAUGCAGAGGCUGGUUGUAAUUGCUUCUUAAAGUAAUAAAGCAUCCUUUAUCGAAAAAAAAACAACCAUUUGGAUAAAGUGCAUUAAAGCAACCAUAUGGUUGAACAAGCAUAGCAUGUUGUGCAUCUAUUUAGAAACAUGGAGCAGAUCCAAAGUGGCGUGUGUUUUGGUCGCAGUUACUCAUUAUUACCUGCAACGUAUAUGGUUGUGUAAAAUAGACUACCUUUAUUUUUCAAAUUUUAUUUACUGGGUUGGGAUAAGAGAUGCACAUAUACAUACUUUCUUUGAAGUUAAAUAAAUAUUUUCAGUGAUGGCCCAUCAUGCAGAAUGCAUGAUUGCAUAAGAAAUCUUAUAUCUCAUUAAAGGGGACCUUAUUGCCAUCGUGUCAUGAUGGUGGUCCAUAUAGCCACAUUAUGGAAACAAUUGUUUUUGAUUCAAUUGAUCAGAUGCAUGAUAUCAGAGAUUCUUUAAACUAAUACUCCCUCCAUUUCAAAUUAAUUGGCGCAGAUUUUUCUAGAUUCACAUAUCAUGUAUAUACAAUUAUAUAUACAUACUAAAAAGCAUCUAGAUACAUGCAACUAUGUGUAUCUCGACAAUUCUGCGCCAAUUAAUUUGGAACAGAGGAAGUAUAUUGAAAAGUGAUUUUAUUUCUUGAUUUUUUCAUAUGUGUGUGCAAUUUAUGUAAAUAAUAAAUAUAUUAAACCAUAGAAAUGGUUGACAUGUAGGUGGAAGUAAAUGCAAUCAAGAUGAUAAAUUCCACGUGUGGCUGUUUUUCCUCCUGUAUCCAGAACACAUUGGGGGUAAGCUGUCACAUGUACUGCAUCCCAUUUCAUGCCGGCUCUAGUGUUCAUUUAAUUUUUUAGCAAACAUAUCUGGAAUAAAAUAUGCAAACACACACUUGUAACUGAAAAAUUAUGUUGAUCUUCUUGGUGCUUGAAUUAGUUUGUAUGACACGUGUUGUUAAAUAAUUUUUUCCUCUGGCAGAUGUAUCAGUAUGUUAUACUUCAUAAGUUGCAGGAUCAAGUUACUGCCUGGCUAAAAUAGUUGUACCUUCUACAGUACUUCUGUUCUAGUGGCCAAUACAUGCUUGAAUUGCUGCAUACCUUCGGGUGAGAUGUGCAGGGCCGAUCCCAUUCCUCUUGGAUGUCCCAAGUAUUGCUUGUCUCAAGAUUUUGUAUGCAGAUUUCAACGGGCUGAUGGCUCUCAGUGAUGGCGUAUACCCGGCCCCGAUGUUCAAACACAUUUGUGUUGCUUAUGCUCUUGUUCACCUUGCCAAACCUCAGCUGCAUUUCAUGUUCACUCAGUUCAAGUUAGAGAUUCUGAGGAUCAUCAUAUAUAAUGUGGGUGUACAAACUGUUAGUUACGUAGUUGAGAAUGUAGGCUGCUAUGACGGCUGCAGAGUCGCCCUGGGCGGCUGGGAGGAAGCAUGGUUUCUUGCGGUCUCGUUCGAUCUUCAACGUUGGAGAUUCAACAUACCGAUUUACAUAGGA